AGGAGCUGCCCCUCUUUACGUAGCUGGAGGUAUUGGCGGACAUCCCACCUCCCCGCCUCGACUCGCUGUCUCGAUGUUUCAUAAGGCUCUCGACAUCAUCGUCACUCCUCCACGACUCCUCCCUCUUCCCUUCUCCACACUUCUCCCUCUCCUCCAAGUACAUCCAAUUUUUGGUAAACCUGCACAAUGGACAGCCAAAUCCUCGCCGCCUCGGCCAAGCACCCCGUCGUGGCCAACCAUGUCUACAAGUAUGGCACUGCGGGGUUCCGCAUGAAGGCUGACCUGCUCGACGGCGUCGCCUUUCGUGUCGGUCUGCUCUCGGGUCUGCGCAGCCGCAAGCUCAAUGGACAGGCCAUCGGCGUCAUGGUCACUGCCAGCCAUAACCCGGCUAUCGACAAUGGCGUCAAGAUCGUCGACCCCAUGGGCGAGAUGCUGGAGCAGGAGUGGGAGGCCUAUGCCACCAAGCUCGUCAACUGCCCCUCCGACCAGGAGCUUCUCGACACCUACAAGGCUCUCGCCGCCCACCUCAAGAUCGACCUGAGCGCCUCGGGCCGUGUCGUCUACGGCCGCGACACCCGUCCCUCCGGCCACUCCCUCGUCGCUUCCCUCGCCGACGCCCUUGUAGCCACCGGCACCGACUACACCGACUACAAGAUCCUCACCACCCCCCAGCUGCACUACCUGACUCGCUGCGUCAACACCGAGGGCACCCCCAAGGCAUAUGGCGAGGUCAGCGAGGCUGGCUACUACGAGAAGCACGCAGAGGCUUUUGUCCGCGCCCUUCGUGGCAAGAAGAUCCAGGGCCAGCUCAUCGUCGACUGCGCCAACGGUGUCGGCGGCCCCAAGCUUUCUGAGUUCCUGAAGGUGGUCAACAAGGACGUCACUGGCCUCGAUAUCAAGGUCGUCAACGACGAUGUGCUCCGACCUGAGGUCCUCAACCUCGACUCUGGAGCCGACUACGUCAAGACCAAGCAGCGAGCCCCUCCCAACCCCAAGCCCCUCCCCGGCGUCCGAUGCUGCUCUUUCGAUGGCGAUGCCGACCGCCUGAUCUACUACUGGAUCGACCCCGAUACUGGUUUCUUCAUGCUCGACGGUGACCGCAUCUCCUCUCUCAACGCCGCCUUCAUCGGUGAUCUCGUCCGCUCUGCUGGCCUGGUUGACGACCUCCGCAUCGGCGUUGUCCAGACCGCCUAUGCCAACGGCGCCAGCACCAACUACAUCGAGAAGCACCUCCAGCUCCCCGUUGUCUUCACUCCGACUGGUGUCAAACACUUGCACCACGCCGCUUGCCAGUUCGAUGUUGGCGUCUACUUCGAGGCUAACGGCCACGGCACUGUUGUCUUCUCCCAGGAGGCCAUCCGCGCUUUCCGCGAGACCGCCCCCCAGUCCCCCGCUCAGAAGGACGCCCUUGACACCCUUGCUGCCAUCAGCGACCUUAUCAACCAGACCGUCGGUGAUGCCCUCUCUGAUAUGCUGAUGGUUGAGGUUAUCCUCGCCCACAAGGGAUGGACCCUCAAGGACUGGGCCACUACCUACAACGACCUCCCCAACCGCCUCGUCCGUGUCGAGGUUGGUGACAAGGACCUCUUCCAAACCACCGACGCCGAGCGCCGCCUCAGCCACCCUGCCGGUGCCCAGGGUGAGAUUGACGAGUGUGUCAAGAAGUACACCAACGCACGCUCCUUCGCUCGUGCCAGUGGUACUGAGAACGCCUGCCGCGUCUACGCCGAGGCCGCUACCCGCUCCGAGGCCGACGAACUGGCCAACAAGGUUUCCCAGAUCGUCAAGCACUACGGCUCCUAAGAGCUUUCGCUUGUCGAGUGGUAGAAUUGACAUGGAAAUGAAUCUAGACGACGAAAAACAAGGUGUGUCUGUGAAGUGUGAGCCUGUGAGGACGGAUGAGACCGCACGUGGGGGAUAUGAAUACUUCGGGUACCAAAAGCUCUGGAGGGGUAUAGCACCUCGCUAUCUAGCUAGGUUAGAACGAGCAAUUUGCUCAACCUGGAUUUAUGAUGAAUGAAAAUCUCUAUUACUUUUGAUG